AUGUUUACUAAAUUCGUCGAGAGUCGGGCUCCCGUUUAUGCACUCUACAAGCCAUCAAAGGGGAAGAGGCAUCAAGACUUUUUGCUCAACCCUGACGAGAUCGUGGUGGUCGGAUCUAAUUCCAGUCGGAGAGCUACGGACGAAGAGCUCUACAAAGAUUUUGGAUUGAUUCGAUGCGAAGAUGACUAUGGACAACAGAUAGCCGGGCUUGAACAGGUUGAUCCUAAUCUGAAAGUUCUUCGCCCUUCAAGUUCCAACUUGAUGCCUGCACCUGCCGUUGCCUCAACAACGUCCGUAUUGGCCUCUGCGACGGACGAUGUGAUUACGAGUGAGCGACUCAGCAACUUCGAUGGUACAAAUUCUACUCAACAGACGCCGACAUAG